GUUCCCCAUGUCCCCCAUCAUGGGACGGGGUGUCCCUCUAUCCUCCCUCAGUGUGUCAGGGUGUCCCCAUGUCCCACCUUGUCCGUGCAGAGCGGCUUUGGGGAGCGCGCCCCACACCCGUGGGGGCCGUGCCCUACCUGUCCCUACCUGUCUGUGUCCCCCAGGUGUGCUGUCCCUGUGCUGCCGGCCCCCAUCGUGGGACAGGGCCGCCCGGCAGCUCCCGCUCGCCCCAUGCCGUGCCUUCAGCAACAACAAGAUCCAGGUGGAUCUGGACGAGAGCUCAGGCGUUGCCAUGAUGAAGUUCAAGAGUCCCCCGGUGAACAGCCUGAGCCUGGACUUCCUCACUGAGUUUUCCAUAAGCCUGGAGAAGUUGGAGAACGACCGUGCCUGCCGGGGUGUGAUCAUUACAUCCGCUAUCCCCAAAAUAUUCUCCUCUGGCCUGGACAUCAUGGAGAUGUGUGGGAAGAACGUGGAGCACUACGGCGAGUUCUGGAGAGCCGUGCAGGAGAUGUGGCUGCGGCUCUACGGCUCCAACAUGGUCACGAUCGCUGCAGUCAAUGGGUCCAGCCCAGCAGGAGGCUGCCUCAUCGCCCUGUCGUGUGACUACAGGAUCAUGGCAGAGAACCCCAAAUUCAGCAUCGGCCUGAACGAAGCCCAGCUGGGCAUUGUGGCUCCCUUCUGGUUUAAGGACACGUUUGUGAAUGUUGUGGGACACCGGAUCGCUGAGCGCUCCCUCCAGCUGGGCUCCCUCCACCCCGCGCCCGAGGCCCUCCAGCUUGGCCUUGUGGACGAACUGGUGCCCGAGGAGAAGCUCCUGGAAAAGGCUUCGGCCGUCAUGGCACGGUGGCUGGCUCUUCCCGACCACGCCCGCCAGCUCACCAAGUCCAUGAUGAGGAAGGCAGUGCUGGACCGCCUGGUCACUCACCGGGAGGAAGACAUUAAAUACUUCAUCAAUUUCAUCUCAAAAGAGUCCAUCCAGAAGUCACUUCGCAUGUACAUGGAGAUGCUGAAGAAGAAGAAGAGCUGAGGAUCCAACCGCCCCGGGGCGGGUCCUGGGAGGUCGAGUCACCCUCCAAAACGCUGCGGUGGCUGUAGGAUUUCACAGCAAAGCUGCCUGCAGUGCCAGCAAUUGGUGGUGUGCCACUGCUCCCAUGGCUGCCCCAGCACUUCCCUUUGUCCUGUAGAGUGCCUGACACCACUGCUGCCUUUCCUGAGAGCGGGGGAAGCCUGCUCAGCCCCCCCGAGGGAUGGACAGGGAGAGCGUCUCGGCACGCUGCAGCCUGAGCCCACCGGUCCUUGAAUGUCCUCUCUCCUGUCCAACACUUAAUCAUGCAAUGAGGUGUGUCAAUAAAUCUUCAGCGAGGUAGGAGCUGGA